AGCGGGAAAAAGAACAGAAAAAUAAAAUCUUUUCUUCCCUUCUCUCUCUCGUCUCAUCCGCCUCGCCGCCGGGGGAUCGCCGGCCGGACCCCAUCCCGCAAUGCCGCGCCUCCGCCUGCCCCUGCUCCUCCUCCUCCCCGUCACCUUCACCAUCUCCGUCCUCCUCUUCCUCUCUUCCUCCCCUCCCCCGCCCCCGCCACAGCCCCCCAUCCCCUGCGGCGCCGCCCCCUCCGACGCCACCGCCGGCCACUGGGUCCCGACCCCGUCUCCCCCGCCGCCACCCCUCUACUCCCAGUCAUGCCCCUUCCACCGCAACGCCUGGAACUGCCUCCGCAACGGCCGCCGCCCCGUCGCCGCGCUCUCCUGGGCCCCCACUCGCUGCGGCGCCAUCCCGAGGCUCGAUCCCGCCGCGUUCCUCGCGGCGGCCAGGAGGCGCCGGAUCGGGUUCGUGGGGGACUCGCUGUCGGAGAACCUGGUCGUCGCGUUGCUCUGCGCGCUCCGGUCCGGCGACGGCGGCGCGCGCAAGUGGAAGCGCCGCGGCGCGUGGCGGGGCGGCUACUUCCCCCGGGAGAACGUCGUCGUCGGGUACCACCGCGCCGUGCUGCUCGCCAAGUACACGUGGCAGCCUGUAGAGAAUUCCAAACCUCAGAGUGAUGGAAUAAUGGGAACUUACAGAGUUGAUGUUGACAUUCCUGCUGAGGAUUGGGCAAAUAUCACCAAGUUCUACGACGUACUCAUUUUCAACACUGGACACUGGUGGGGUCCGGAUAAAUUCCCAAAAGAAACUCCCCUUGUUUUCUACCGAGGAGGAAAACCAAUCGAGCCUCCACUCGGCAUCUUUGAUGGACUGAAGGUAGUCCUCAAAAGUAUGAGCUCGUACAUCGAAAGGGAGGUCCCAAGUACAACAAUGAAGCUGUGGCGCACACAAUCACCCAGGCACUUUGAUGGAGGCGAAUGGGAUCACAACGGCAGUUGCUUGUCUAAGAGGCUCCUCGAAGAACACGAGCUGGAUUCCUGGUUCGAUCCCAGGUUUGGGGGAGUGAACAAGGAAGCGAGACUAGUAAACUCAGUGAUCCAGGAAGCGCUAGUCGGCACGGAUAUCCAGCUGCUCAACCUGACGUACAUGAGCGAGUUCCGUGCCGACGCCCAUCCAGCUAUCUGGCUCGGGAAGAAGGACGCGGUGGCCGUCUGGGGGCAGGACUGCAUGCAUUGGUGCCUGCCAGGCGUACCGGACACGUGGGUCGACAUCUUGGCUGCGCGGAUCUUGCACUACUUCAAGCAGGGUGAAGGUUGACGCCGUGUGCGCUGAAGUUCAGGCCUGUAAAUUGUCUGCUGGAAGGAAGAUGAUAUGCUGAACAAUGCUGGUGUAAUUGGUCUGUCAUACUGAGUUUGGGAUUGCACUUUGGAACAAAUUGCAGCCCUCAAAAUUUCAGACGUAAAACUGGACUGCGACUAGGCAUCUCUCUGUAACUGUAAAUGCAGCAUAUUUUUGAACGUACAGCUCGGCUCACGGCCACUGAAUGUUGAGUGUUGCAUGAUUAUGUUCUUCAGUUUUUCUCG